CGAAAAAAUAUUAUGGGAGCCCAGAAUAAAACCAACCAAACAACUUGUUUUAUCGAUGAAGAUGUCUGUUUCAAUGUCCUCACUGCAAUUUACACAGUAAUUUUUAUAGGAGGUUUGGCUGGAAGUGUUAUGAUGCUUUUCCUCAUAUGCAGAACUAAUACACGCACGCUGACCAUGACAGCAGUCAUCAACCUGUUGAUAGGACACAGCAUAUUUCUUAUGACUGUUCCAUUUCGCAUCGAUUACUAUGUUCGCAGGGACUGGCAGUUUGGGCCUGAUUUCUGCAAGUUGGUCAGUGCAAUGAUACACAUCCAUAUGUAUGUUUCCUUUGCAUUUUAUGUGACAUUGUUGAUCAUCCGAUACCUCAGCUUUUUCAAACAAAAGGACAAGAUUGAGUUCUACAGAAACCUCCAUUCUGUGGUGGCCAGUGCCUCUGUGUGGGCAGUUAUUCUAAUAAUUUUCUUGCCCCCGUUCCUUUAUUAUUAUGGAAAUAAAAAACCUAAAGGGAGCAAGAGGGAGUGUUUCCACUUCCAUACAGAAAUUACAAAUAUUGUACGUAUAUUAAACUAUGUUGUUAUAGCAGUUAUUUUAACAGUGGUCUGUUCUCUUCUUGGGGUUCAGAUCUUUAUAAUUGUAAAGGUUGUAAAAAACCUACAGAGCAAAUUUUCUAACUAUCAAGUUUUCUGGGUUCAGCUUAAAAGUUUGUUCUUUAUUUUGGUAAUGAUCAUAUGUUUUUUGCCUUAUCACAUGUUCAGAAUUUUUUACCUAGACCAUGUGGAUGACUGCUUUAUGUUCAAUGAAAUUUGCCUUAGUAUAACAGCACUCAGUUGCUUGGAUCUUCUGUCUUUUGCUCUGCAAAGUGGUAUCCGGAAAGGGUGUCAAUGCACAGUAUUUUCAGGUCAAUAAUUUUUGUUUUAUACUAUGUUGAUACUAACAGAAUAUGUUGAGAAUACAAAGUCAAAGCCAAAUUUGGAUAUAUAGUACUCUUAUUAAAGGGGUUGUUCAUCUUUAAAUUAACUUUUAGUAUGGUGUAGACCAGUGCUGUCUAACUGGCAUGGUUCACAUUCAGAUUCAGGCCAUAAUCCCCCUUUAUUGUUUAAACAUGUAAUCCCCUGUACUGUUCACACCUUUUAAUCUAUGCAUUGUUCACCCCCUGCAUUGU